GUCACCACUUCUUAAUUUUGUUUUGUCCAGCAACCAAAACGGAUCCGAAUAUACUUCCAAAACUCCUCUGUAUUUACUUCUACUACUCCAAUUUAAUAAAAAUAAUCCCGCAAAAUCUCUCCGUCCCCAGCUACUCCCCCGGAUCCGAUCGCCACCGCCGGAAUAUCCGAUCUCGCCGCCGCCGCGCGCGCGACCUGCUCGACGGAAUUCCCCGCAUGUCGCUGGCGUGCGGGCUGCCGCUGCUGGAGUGCGUCUACUGCCUGGGGUGCGCGCGGUGGGCGUGGAAGCGGUGCGUCCACUCCGGCCACCACGACAGCGCCACCUGGGGCCACGCCGCCGCCGCCGACUUCGCGCCCGUGCCCCGGAUGUGCCGCCUCGUCAUGGCCAACUACGCCCCGCCCGACCUCCUCGCCGCCCCGCCCCUCCUCCUCGACCCGGCCUGCGUCGUGCGCCGCCGCACCUACGCCGACACGGGGGGCCGGGUCACGCCCUACCUCGUCUACCUCGACCACGCGCACGCCGACAUCGUGCUCGCGCUCCGGGGCCUCAACCUCGGCCGCGAGUCCGACUACGCGCUGCUCCUCGACAACCGCCUCGGCAAGCGCCGCUUCGACGGCGGCUACGUCCACAACGGCCUCCUCCGCGCCGCCGGCUGGGUGCUCGACAGGGAGUGCGACCUGCUCCGGGACCUCCUCGACCGGUACCCCACCUACACGCUCACCUUCACGGGCCACUCGCUCGGCGCCGGCGUCGCCGCCAUGCUCACCAUGGUCGUCGUGCUCAACCUCGACAAGCUCGGCAAGGUCGAGAGGGCCCGCACCCGGUGCUACGCCAUGGCCCCCGCCCGCUGUAUGUCGCUCAACCUCGCCGUCAGAUACGCCGACGUCAUCAACUCCGUCGUGCUACAGGAUGAUUUCUUGCCUCGGACGGCUACUCCUUUAGAAGAUAUCUUCAAGUCGAUUCUCUGUCUGCCAUGUCUCCUAUGUUUGAGAUGUUUAAAGGACACUUGCAUACCUGAAGAUGCUAUGUUAAAGGAUCCAAGGAGGCUCUAUGCACCAGGUCGGAUAUAUCACAUUGUGGAGAGGAAAAGUUUCAGGUGCGGAAGAUAUCCACCGGUGGUCAAAACAGCUGUGCCAGUAGAUGGUAGAUUUGAGCAUGUCGUUCUUUCCUGUAACGCCACAAUGGAUCAUGCCAUUGUUUGGAUCGAGCGGGAAGGCCAGAGAGCUCUGGAUCUGAUGCUGGAGAAGGAGCGCGCGAUGGCGGCACCAUCGAACCAGCGGAUGGAGCGGGACGAGACGGCGGUGCAGAGGGAACACGUGGAGGAGCACAAGGCGGCGUUGCGCAGGGCCGCCACACUGUCGGUAUCGGGAAUGGCGUCGAUCUACGGCACGUUCGACGGCGGCCCACGGCCUGAGAGGAGCGAGAGCUUCCCGCCACCAGCGUCGUCGAGGCAGCAGCCACGGGUGAGCUGGAACGACCUGAUAGAGCAGGUGUUUGACAAGGAUGAGGACGGCCAGAUAGUGCUGCGCAGCCCCUCCCCUCCUUCCUCACGCUGAUUGUGUAUGUAAAGUCCCCUUCCUUUUGCUCUUGAGUUGUAAAUUAUUUUGAUAGGAUAUUGUUCAUUAUUUGUUCAUUGUGCAUUGUUCUCCAGUGCUUUUUUACUCCAUAUAUAUCCUUGUGCUAGAAAUGUGCGUGAAAAAUACGGGGGCCAGGAUACCUCAAUUUGAAUCAGAGCAUACAUGUAAUUAGUCCUAUCCCACCAGGUCUGAAAAAUAGCAGCAAUGCUGGAAAAGACUGGCAAAUUUUAUCAAAAGUCCGAAUAGUGAGGAUGCCAUUGUGGUUUGUUUUUACAUGAGAAUAGUUUUUGUACAUGUGUAUAUUGUCCAAUUCGAGAUUAUGGUUGGUUCUGGUGGUUCAGUAGAGGAUUGGCAAUUUGCGAUUCCCAA